UUGCCGCCGAAAGAAGGGCCCGGCGGCGGCGGCGGCGGCGGCGCGUCCGUUGCUUGUCGGUCUCCUUCCGCGGCCGAAAAGGAGGGAACUCCGCUGAGGGGAGGGCAAAGGCGGCCAUUUUGUUCGCCGCCUCUUUCUGGCUGCGGAAGCCAAGCAAGGGCUCGGGCCGAGAGAGCGGGCGAAGCGGCUCGGCAGCCGGGGAGGUCGGUCCGGCGUGCUCCCGCCUCGGCGCCCUUCCUCCUCCUCCUCCUCCUCCUCCUUGCCUUGAAGCGGGGCGAUGGCGGACAGCGACAAGCUCAACAUCGACAGCAUCAUUCAACGGCUGCUGGAGGCUACAACCAGCAAGCAGGAGCAGCUAAACUAACCAGAAAAGCUACCAAGGUUACGAAGAAAAAGCUUAUAGUUACAUCCCAUGUGGGACUCUUAUAACAAUCUUGGUUUGAAUCUAGCUGUGUCCAGACUUCUUAGAAGAGCAACAAACCAGAGUCUAGUGAGAGGGUCAAAGCCUGGCAAAAAUGUCCAGCUUCAAGAAAACGAAAUAAGAGGAUUGUGCUUGAAAUCUCGAGAGAUCUUUCUCAGUCAACCCAUUCUGUUGGAACUUGAAGCACCGCUUAAAAUAUGUGGUGACAUCCACGGACAAUAUUAUGACUUACUUCGACUCUUUGAAUAUGGCGGUUUUCCACCAGAAAGCAACUACCUGUUCCUUGGUGAUUAUGUUGACAGAGGGAAGCAGUCUUUGGAAACUAUUUGUCUUUUACUGGCCUACAAGAUAAAAUAUCCAGAGAAUUUUUUCCUCCUCAGAGGGAACCAUGAAUGUGCUAGCAUUAAUAGAAUUUAUGGCUUUUAUGAUGAAUGUAAAAGAAGAUAUAACAUCAAGCUGUGGAAAACCUUUACAGACUGCUUUAAUUGCUUACCAAUUGCAGCCAUUGUGGAUGAGAAAAUAUUUUGCUGCCAUGGAGGCUUAUCACCAGAUCUCCAAUCAAUGGAACAAAUUCGACGAAUUAUGCGGCCCACUGAUGUGCCCGAUCAAGGCCUUCUCUGUGAUUUGCUGUGGUCUGAUCCUGAUAAGGAUGUACUUGGAUGGGGUGAAAAUGACAGAGGAGUGUCUUUCACAUUUGGAGCUGAAGUAGUUGCAAAGUUCCUUCAUAAACAUGAUUUGGAUCUUAUAUGCAGAGCUCAUCAGGUGGUCGAAGAUGGAUAUGAGUUCUUUGCAAAAAGGCAACUGGUAACUCUGUUUUCUGCCCCAAAUUACUGUGGGGAGUUUGACAAUGCAGGCGCCAUGAUGAGCGUGGAUGAGACUUUAAUGUGUUCCUUUCAGAUCUUGAAGCCUGCUGAGAAAAAGAAGCCCAAUGCUAGCCGACCUGUAACACCACCCAGGGGUAUGAUCACAAAACAAGCAAAGAAAUAAUCGCUGUUGGCCCUGCCUAGUUGGGACUUGUACUAUAGUAUAUAAUCUCAAUUUUUUUAAAGAAAUGGUAACAUGUAUUGGUCAGCUUGCUAAGACUAGAUUUAAUGUGUUUGUGGUUUUUCUGUUCACUUUGAUGGAAGGCAUUUGCUGGUUGUAACAGCAAAUGAGACGUUUUCCCUUUUCAAGAAGAGUUUUAAAAAAAUCUGUAUUUGUUUGGAGAGAGUUAGAGAGAAGCUUUUCCUUUUUGAUGUUCCAGCUGUAUACUUCACAGCAACUUCUCCUGUCAUUCUGGGUACCUGUACAAUUGACUCCUUGAUCCUGUACAGACCGGGUGGUGUGCGAUGCCUACUUUUCUUUUAGGACCUAAAGAGGCACUAGUGUGUUACAAGGCUAGGAAACUUAUUGCUGUCAGAUUACAUAUUGUUUAUAGAAACCACUGUGAACGUCUUUAGUUUUCUUUUUAGUUUUUUGUUUUAUUUCAAAGGGAUUGCUUUUUUUCUUGUCUUGUACACAGGUUAUGUUGUCAACCUUUUUAAAUCACCCUCAACCUUUUGCCAGCCUCACUGGUAUGAUGUAUAUUUUAUUGGGAGCACCCUUUUCCUCCCAUAUACUUUAAAAUGAAAAUUAAAGCAAUUAUUUUAAAGG